CCGAGCCGCCGCCGCCGCUGCUGCUGCUCCUGCUGCUGCUGCUCCUGCUGCUGCGCCCGCCGGCCGGGGCUCCGGGCACCGCUCCCACGGCGGCUCCGGCGGACGCACCGAGCGGCCCUGCGCCGCUGCCCGAGCCCGGAGCGGACGGCGGCAUGAGGCACCUGCCCUACUUCUGCCGGGGCCAGGUGGUGCGGGGCUUCGGCCGCGGCUCCAAGCAGCUGGGCAUCCCCACAGCCAACUUCCCUGAACACGUGGUGGACAGCCUUCCCGCCGACCUCCCCACUGGCAUCUAUUACGGCUGGGCCAGCGUGGGCAGCGGAGACGUGCAUAAGAUGGUGGUGAGCAUUGGAUGGAACCCGUACUACAAGAACGUCAAGAAGUCCAUGGAGACCCACAUCAUGCAUACCUUUAAAGAGGACUUUUACGGGGAAAUCGUCAACGUGGCUAUUGUUGGCUACCUUAGACCAGAAAAAAACUUUGACUCUUUAGAAGCACUUAUUUCAGCAAUUCAAGGUGAUAUUGAGGAAGCUAAGAAACAACUUGAUUUACCAGAACAUUUGAAACUCAAAGAAGAUAAUUUCUUCCAGGAUCCUAAAAACAAAAUAAUGAAUGGCCACUGAGAGAAAAAAUCACCGUAUUUCUUCAUUCACUGUUUCUAGCAUGUCACUGUUAAUAACUGUGCAGUGUCCUCUAAGUUAUAUUGCAGAAAUCAAACAUUUCCCUAAAGCUGUGCGUUCAGCAGUACAGCUGUUUAAAUUAACCCAUCAUGCUUAGCGCUGGAAAGAUUCACUCAGAAAUCAAGGUUCUUUUUUUUUUUUUUUUUUCUGUAAUACUUUGAUUAAAAUGUAGCACCAGAAAGAUACGAAGUAUCUUACGGUGGGAAUGGAAUGUGGGUGGCUGUGGGUAAAAAGCGUGUCACCAGUGUAAGAUGGUCACCGUGCUUCGUGCCGGACCCCGGCGUGUGUGGUUGUGUAGUUUGUGCUGCUAAGCAGAAGGCUUAGGAAAGCUAAACGCACCAAACACAGGUUUGAUAGUUUACCGUAAGCCUGAGAGCUCGGAGAAGCCACACUUUGCAUUUUUGAUAUUUUUGUGCAUUCAUAUAUUAUUACAGAAAUGAAGGCUUUUGUGAGAUUUUCAUUUUACUCAUUUCCUUUCUUAUGACAUCGAAUCACUGUGCUGCUCGCUCAGUUUUGUGUCACACUGCCUUACUGCUAAGUGAGUCUGAGAGACUCGGAGCCUAGGAGUUUAGUAGCAGUCUGUUGAAUGUCUCGCAUCUGUAGGUCACAUUUAUAUUGGAUAGUCUUUGAUUCAUUCAUUUUUUAAAAAAAUAUAUAUGAGAGAGUCCUGCAGGGCCCGAGAGGAGGCCCUCGCUGAAGCAGAGGCCGAGAACUCAACCCAGGUCUGCUGCCUGCAGUGACUUGACCCAGCCCUGCUGCUUCCCAGUGUCAGUGUCGGCAGGAAGCUUGAGUCUGGAGGCCGAGCUGGGAGUCUAACACACACACUCCACUCCAGCCCACUGGUGUCUUUUCCCAGCGUCCUCGCUGCCUGGCCAGACUUCGGCCCCCUUUCCCUAACAGUGCUCGUUUUGCCUGACUUUGGCUCUUGUUUCCUUGAAAUCAUUGUCAGUGUCAAAGUUUUUUCAAGUUUGGAAUACCCUACCACCGUGCAUGUAAGAGAUCGCAUCUGUGUGUACCAUUCCAUCGUUUCAUGAGAAGUGAUUAAUUGCAUCAUCUGCUUUGCCUUUUCUUAAACGCCAUCAACAAACGUCGUUAGCCUUCCUCAAAGUUUAAAUGAGCACAUAACUGUGUGUUUGUGUUCUUAAAGACUCAAAAUACUCGUUGAAGAAGACUAAGGGCCAAUUAAACCAUGAAAUACUUAGAAAGUUAUUUAUUUUUAAUGCAAUUAUAUAUUCCUGAGCAAAUCUAAACUGUUGUAGUUGCGUAUGGACAGUGCAAUUUAAUGUUAAAGCGUGCUUGUAGCUUGAGGAAAGAAAUAAAGUUUUAGUUAACAAUGU